AGGAAGGAAGGAGGAAGACUGCAGCUGCUGUGCCUUCUGUCAGAGUAAACUACGAGUGGACUGCUCUUCUAUCUCUCUGUCUGUCCGUGUUUCUGUCCGUCUGUCCACCCAUGCCCGCUGUUUAACCUGCUCUGUCCGGGAUCUUCUGCUGUUUCACCGGACCUCACGUCUGUGGGAUGAGUUUUAUUAACUGGAGACGAAGCGUGAAGAAAAAGGAUGCUUCGCAGAGGCAAGAUAUACCCGACAGUCCGGACACCCCGAGCCAAUUGUCAGUCAUAAACAGUCCAGAGCUGGAUCCCAUCAUCACUGAUUUCAGGUUACAGCUACCAGGAAACAAUAAUGGUCCAGAAUCAACAAAUCCAGCAAAUGGUUGCUUGCGGUCAGACCUGUCGCUGGCUCUGGAGGACUGCAUGGCUGCCCUCGAUUUGUUCCUUAGAAACCAGUUCGAGGAGGCGCAGGCUCAGCUUAGAAGCAGAACCAAAGACAGCAUGUACCACGCUCUGACUUACGCCACCAUCCUGGAGAUGCAGGCCAUGAUGACUUUUGAUCCUCAACAUAUUCUGGCUGCAGGAAACACCAUGAAGGAGGCUCAGGCUAUCUGCCAGCGGCAUCGCAAGAAGUCCUCCUUCUCCAAAAACUUCACAGAAGAGGAACUCCAUGCGGAGGUGUGCUUUGCCGAAUGUCUCCUGCAGAGGGCAGCACUCACCUUCCUACAGGAUGAAAACAUGAUCAGUUUUAUCAGAGGAGGAAUCAAAGUGAGGAACAGCUACCAGACAUACAAAGAGCUUCAUACAGUCCUCCAGUCCUCUGGAUACAUUCAUGGAGACAACCAUGGCCAUUUCGAAGGUGGUGUUAAACUGGGAGUAGGAGCUUUCAAUCUAAUGAUUUCCAUGUUGCCUACACGGACGCUCAAGCUGCUGGAGUUUGUGGGUUUCUCUGGUAAUAAGGAGUUUGGUCUACAGCAGCUUCAGGAGGGCUCAGCAGAAAGCACGUUCAGGUCCUUCCUCUGCAACAUGCUGCUGCUGUGUUAUCACACCUUCAUGAGCUUCAUACUGGGCACAGGAGAAGGAGACGUUGAAGAUGCAGAGAAGCUUCUUCAGCCAUAUCUCAAAAAAUAUCCCAAGGGAUCCAUCUUCUUGUUUUUCGCUGGUCGAAUCGAGGAGAUCAAAGGAAACCUGGAUGCUGCUAUUAAGCGGUUCGAGGAGUGCUGCGAGGCUCAGCAGCAGUGGAAACAGUUUCACCACAUGUGUUACUGGGAGCUCAUGUGGUGCUUCACAUAUAAAAGGCACUGGAAGAUGGCCUACUUCUACGCUGACCUUCUCAGCAAGGAGAACUCCUGGUCCAAGGCGACCUAUGCGUAUAUGAAAGCAGCCUACCUCAGCAUGCUGACUGCAGAUGAUUGCCUAACAUUCGGGGAGACUGCGAUCACUCUGUUCAGGCAGGUUCCUGGGCUGAAGCAGAAAAUUGCAGGCAAAUCUUUACCAACAGAGAAGUUUGCUAUCAGAAAAGCCCGCCGCUACCUUGCAGAAAGCCCCAUUCCUCUUCCUGCUCCUCCUCUGGAGAUGAUGUACAUCUGGAACGGUUACACAGUCAUAGGCAAGCAAAGAGACCUGACUGAGGGGAUGCUGAAAACACUAGACGAGGCCCAGGCUAAUCUUGAGAGCAGGACUGAGUUCUCCAUAGAUGAUCAAUGUCUGCUGAGCCUCUUGAAGGGACUGUGUCUCAAACACCUGGGGCACCAAGAAGAAGCUGAACAUUACUUUACUCUGGUCCUCUGCAAUGAGACUCAGAUCAAGUUUGACCAUUACCUGGUUCCUAAUGCCCUGCUAGAGCAUGGCCUGCUGUGUCUGGAGCAAGGCAGAAAAGAUGAAGCUAUCAAACUGCUUGAAGCAGCAAAGCAAAACUACAAGAACUACUCAAUGGAGUCUCGGACACACUUUCGUAUUCAGGCUGCUCUGCUCAAAGCCAAGACUGUGGGCGAGAACGGCACCCAUGCUCCCUCCAGCCCGUAACGGACAUGGGAGGGCACACUGGAGCUGAGACAGCUUUCUGUUUCUGCAGUCCCACAAUACAACUCUUAGCACAACCAAGCCCAGCCUCGCCCAUUCAGAUGGAUGAUUAUAUUUUUUGUUGUGUGUGUUUAUUUUUCCUUAGGAAAGUAGAAGUAGAGGGGUGCUUGUUUUGUUUGUGUGGGCUGCCCUUAUACGGGACUGCUGCUCUGUGUGACUCUGAAUGUGAUGGGUGAGUUUAAUGAGCCUUCCUCCAGAGUACAAUUAUGAUGAACUCCUCUCCCUUUUUUUUUUUUUUUUUUUUUUUUUAUCAAAGAGCGACAAGUUGAGAAAUGUGCCUAUAUCUAUGAAGCAUUGCUUUUGCAGGCUGGUAUUUCUAGCACCAUGGCCACCCAUAAGGGGCCCACUAAGGUAGAAAACAAGGCUACAUUUUCUAUUGUAAAAUGAAAAUUACCUCAACUUCCAGCCCAGGAUAAAAAAUAACCCCAGUCCAUAGUAGUAGGCUUGGAUCUGAUUUAGCCAGAGACCCAGCUACCCCCACAGAAUUACAGAUAUUUUCCUGUGCCUCCUGGUGUUAAAGUUCUACUAGUUCUUACAAUCAGCUACAAAUUAGAGAACAUAGAUAAAGAAACUUGAGUAGAUGAGGGAUGAUACAUUUUAUAUGUUGACAUCAUCAUCAGGUAUUACUGAAACUGUAUGAAUUUAUGAUAUUUUUGGAUCAAACCACUAUCACCGAAUUAGAUUUAAAUUUAUGUGUAUUCGUUUCACUGUUAAACAAUGAAAGGCUUUUGUUCAUUGAGUUUCUCAGAGUGAAUACAACUUUUAUUUUGAAUAUUUUAAUAUUUUGAAAUUUUGACACAAAUUUGCAAAAAAAGCUACAUAUUUUAUUUCCACUCUCAUUUGUUGUUUGUGUAAUGAAAAAAAUUCACAGAGCUGCUGGUUAAGGAAAGUCUCCAGUCAAAGAAAAUCUAAUUUACAACGGGAUAUAUUCUUUACAUUUAUAUACAGUAAAUGGCAUCUUUUACAAAAAUUGUCCCGUUUUAAGAGGACAGAUGAAUGUGUCUUUUAGAAAGGCAGACGCCCUCCUUUUCUCCUCCUGGUGUGUGGGAUAGACUCCAACAGUACUUGAGCCUGAACAAACAGGCCAUUCAGGCAGAGCUGCAAAGGACUGCGAGCUUGUCCGCCUGUUGCAUCUUUAGUGAGUGAAGAAGCUCUGAAUGGCGACCACCAACUUCUCCUGCUUUAUGAACAUCCACUACUGCUCCUGUAUCAGCCCUGCUUGACUAUUACCACUUGUAGAAGGUCUUGGACAUCACAAUCCUGUUAUAUAAUAAUCUGUAAAUGAAAACAUUAUUGCAAUAACUGGCAUGACAGCAAAGGGUCUCCUCUGAUUGUGUUGGAGAUGAGGUUAUUUGAAGGGCUGUGUCCCAACAACACCAAGUCUAAAGAGUAGAACCCAGAUGGUGUCUCAAGUGUUGCAAUUAGACCCCUGCUUAUUUAUUCAUUAGUGUAAGGUUUGGGAUUCAGUAGGAUGACUAGGAGUCAAUUUCAAUGUUUUUUUAAUGGUGGAGGAAAUAUUUUCAAAACUAUUUAUGAGCAAGUAUAUUCCAGAAAUAUAUUAUCAUUUGCCCCAUAAAUUAAUCAGUCCUGUUUGUCUUUUUUCAUUUGAUUUUUUUUUUUUUCAAAUCUAAACGAUAUUCACAACAACCUUAGAGGCAUUCUGGUGUUUACAAUCAAGUUUUAUAAGGCAAGGCUACCACUGACUAGAAUGACAUUCCUGUACAU